AUACGCACGUUCCUCACAGAGCAGGAAUAGGAAGUAUGAAGAGGACAGGAAAAAACAAAUCCACAUCUCAGAGACACAAAUGGUAUAAGCGUAAACCACAGAGGGGUUGUUUUCUGUCUUUUUACCAGUGCAGGUGCACCUAAAGAAGCUGCAUGCUGUUCUUCUGAGGAGAGUGCGGGUCUGAAGAGCUUCUGCUGUAAACGAUGAGUGGCUCACUGGAGAGGACUACAGACUGUCCCUUGUCAGUUCUUGAAAAUAACUUGAGCCCAGAUGGAGAGACAGAGAACCUGACAGGAGCAAGUGAGUUACACUGGGAAGAUGGAGGUCUACCUGUUGAGCUGCAGAGAGGGAUGGAGACUCUGCGGGUGAACAGAGAACUGACCGAUGUCAUACUGAGUGUUCAAGGACAUGACUUCCCUUGCCAUAGAGCCAUUCUUGCUGCUGCCAGCCAGUACUUCAGGGCAAUGUUUUGCAGUGGUCUGAAGGAGAGCCAUGAGGAGUGUGUUCAAAUAAAGGGGUUGGACAGUGGGACAAUGCGCUCUCUCCUGGAGUAUACCUACACCAGCCGAGCCCUCCUCACACACUCAAAUGUCCAGAGAAUACUUGAGGCCGCUAGUCAGUUUCAGUUCAUGCGUGUAGUGGAUGCAUGCGCCAGCUUUCUGAGCAAGUCUCUGCACCUAGAGAACUGUAUUGGGAUCCUGAAUCUGGCUGAAAGUCACGCCCUGCCGACCCUGAAGACCAGGGCUCAGGACUACAUUACCUCUCAGUUCUCCCAGGUGGUCCAGCAGCAGGACUUCUUAGAGCUUCCAGCAGAGUCGAUGGAGACUAUCCUGCAGAGGGAUGACCUUGAUGUGAAGUGCGAGGAGUGCGUUUUUGAGGCACUCAUGCACUGGGUGAGGGCCCGGCAAGAUGAACGCUAUCCUUUACUGACCAGGUUGCUUUCACAUGUGCGCCUGCCAUUACUGGAGCCAGCAUACUUUGUAGAAAAGGUGGAGUCGAACGAACUGAUACGCCACUGCAGUGAGGCUUUUCCUUUGUUGCAAGAGGCCCGAACCUAUCACCUCUCUGGCAGGGAGGUGGUCUCUGAACGAACCAAACCCCGUUUGCGGCACUUUGUAUCAGAGGUAUUCUUGAUCAUCGGAGGCUGCACAAAAGAUGAACGCUUUAUUUCCACUGUCACCUGUUUGGACCCCCUUAGACGCAGCAGGCUAGAGGUUGCCAGGCUGCCAAUCACAGACAUGGAGGAUGAGUCCCAAAACAGAAAAUGGGUGGAGUUUGCUUGCAUCACCUUCCGCAACGAAUUGUACAUAUCUGGAGGUAAAGAGACACAAUAUGAUGUUUGGAAAUACAACGGUGCCCUUGACAAGUGGAUCCAAAUCGAGCCCCUAACAACUGGGCGCUGGAGGCACAAGAUGGCAGUUCAUGGGGGGAAAGUGUAUGCAGUGGGUGGAUUUGAUGGAGUUCAGAGGCUUGCUAGUGUCGAGGCCUAUGAUCCCUUUCACAAUCGCUGGGCACAGGUGACACCUCUUGCAGUAGGUGUAAGCUCCUUUGCUGCUGCAAGCUUUGACAGAUGGAUCUAUGUGAUUGGUGGCGGGCCAAAUGGAAAGCUGUCAACUGAUAAGGUUCAGUGCUGGGAACCUGGGACAGACAGUUGGGAAUUCCGGGCUCCCAUUCCCAUCGAAACCAAGUGCACAAAUGCUGUUACAUUCAAGAAUUGCAUCUAUGUAGUUGGUGGUGCCAUGCAUGCCAUGUACUGCUACUCCCCUCUGUCUGACUCAUGGUCCCUUGUGACUCGUCUUGGGGAGAGGGCAAGCUGCGCCAUUGCUGCCUGUAACAACAAACUCUUCAUCACUGGAGGCCGGGAUAACAAAAACCAAGUUAUCUCCACAGUGAUGUGCUGGGACGUUGCCCGAGGGGUGUUGACAGAGGAGUGUGUUUUACCCAUGGGAGUGUCACACCACGGCAGUGUAACACUCAUGAAGUCCUACACACAUAUACACAGAAUAACACCUGCUUCAGUGUGCCAAUGACACAGGUUUCUCUGAACAGGACUUUUGCUGGACUGUUUAAAAAGUGUUUAAAAAGAGGGAAAAUGUUUUUAACUGCAUUAUAUUUAAUGUGGCACUGCAACUACUGCAUGUUUUUUUGGUUUUUGUAGUACAAAUGGUGAACAUAGACCUUAAAAAACAUGUUAAGCAAUGAUGUUGCUCACUGAAUUGAAUAAUACUUAAAUGCAAUAAAUACAUGCAUAUCAGUAAAUAAAAAUAUGCAUAUGAAUACCAUGUAUGACGUAUGGUCAUGCUGAAACUAAGUGUGAACUAAAACGCGGUAUAAAAUUUCAAACAUUUGAGUCAAACAAAUCACUGAAAAUUAUGGUUUUACUGACGAGAAGAACAACCACUUAUUUCCGGGUAUUUUAUUUUGAAAAAAAAAAAAACAAACAAAAAAAAAAAAAAACAGGGGAAAUCAUAGCACAUCUCGCGAACAGUGGGUGGCGCCACAAUUUAUUUUUUUACGGAUGCGCCAGGUUAUUGGCACAGAAGUAGUAUUCAGGUACCUUCUUUAUAUACAGGUACCUGCCAGGUUACCUGCUUUUUUCUACACAGGAAGACCUUGCUUUGAAAUGAUAGUUAUUCCCGAAAACACACCGGUUUCCCUUCACAAGUAGGUCAUUGUCAGGAGUUAUGUCUUUCGCUUGACCAAAUAUUCGAGGGAAACUUAUUUUGGGGACGACGAAAGUUAGCCUGUUUGACGCGACGACAAAAGUGAAAGUAAGGUGAAACUCCGGCUGCGUACCUGAGAUUUUUUUUUACUCUCCUGAAAUGGGUCGUUGUUUCUUCCUGGUCUGUUUUAUCCUGUGCGACUGUCGAGGUGAGUUAUGUCUGAUUGUGCUCAUUUUAUUAAGUUUUGUGUAACAUGAAGACUACGGUGCAGAGGGCGAUUCACUCGCAGGCCUGACCCCCAGGUAAAUGAUUUAUCCAAAGCUGCGUUCAUGAGUUCCCAUCUACUCACAGCAGGAAAAUAAUUACAUUAAAAACAUAUGUCCGUGUUAUACAGUUAGGAUUUACCAACUGUUUUUUAAACUUUGGGGUCAGACUUUUUAGAAUUAAUACUGUUUAAUUGCUAGCCUAACUCAGGCCUGUUGCAGGAAUGCAGCAUUACUGCCGAUGUUAAAGGAAUACCAACAAAUACACCUAAUUUGUUGUAAGUGCAUAUUAAACUUAAUAACAAUGACUUUAGGUCAGUAUUUACACUAGUUACACAACCUAAUAAUCCAACAACAGCUAAGACAUGGAGCUCAGUUGUCAUCCUGUUAUUUAAGUCAUGUGAUAAGGUGGUCUUAAAAGGGGAGAAUUGUCUCUGGUUUUGUGGAUGUGAAUGGCCUCCUUGAUCCUUCUCCCACCAUCCACUGUGUUACAGCUGUGUGUUUGUGGUGCUCUGUCCUUUUCCUGUCUUCCCACUAGCUCCAUUCAGGUGAUACCUGAUGAGCCAUCAAUGAGCUGCACCUGGCAUUAAUGAAGUGCUUAAAAGCUCCCGUGCCAGUGUCAGAAGGCAGAGGCUCAUAGUGUGGGACUGCUGGACAUGUUGCCUCUCAGCUUGUUUCUUUUUGUGUUGCUGUUGUGUUUUGACUUUGUGUCUUUUAUAGUCUUGGUUUUGUUUUCAUAGUUUGAUAUGUUUGUUUUUAUGGUAAUAAAUGCCAUGAAUUUGGCUAUUUGUAA